AUGGCUUCCAAUUUGUCUCUGCCUCCAGCCUUCAUCCAGAACCCGAAUAUGAAAAGAUCCUAUUCCCAGACACUAUGCCAAUCAAAUUUAUUGAGCGUCGGAGAGCAUCAAAAGGAACAUGGUCCGGCUAAACCUGAUACAUUUCUAGGAUUACGGUUUUUCUCUUGGGGGUCAAGAACCAAAGCAGCUGCAACUAAAUGGAUGGCUCCAGGUGCCCUGUCAUCCACGGAUUGGACUUUGCAAUCUGAUAAAAUCUGCUGCGAGGAUGAGUCUUCUGCAGCUAUUACUCGUGUUCAUGAAAUGGAAUUCAAUCGGGUAAACUGUCUUGUGCAGUUAUUGCAUGAAUCCGCUAGAGGUUUUUCACUGGAUGUACAGGCACAUGACUUGGUUAUUGCAGAACCAGAGCUAGCUAUGGCUUGGAGAGGGGUUGACGUGCAUGCCUGGCAUAGGAACAUAGCGUACCAGGUAUCAGUUUAUGCUUUGCUGAAAGCCGCAAUUGAAGUAGAAACCUUUCUAUCUCACAAACGCAGCAACAAUCCAUCUCUUGUCCAGGAGAUACUGUCCUUGAAGGCUCACUUACUUUAUGCCCAGAUAGAAAGGGAGUUGAAAACUAAGAAUUCGAAGUUAGUGCAGUGGUUUAAAUUAGUGGAACUGCCACGCAUUUCUGAACAAUUCAUCCCUUUGUUUAAGAAGUGGUCAAUGGAAUAUGCUGGAAGUGGUGUUGCAGGAACAAUUCUGGCUUUAAGUUGUUUUGCUGCAAUAAAGAAGCUGGACUCUCAACGAAUUUCGCGCCCUAUGUUAUUUAUUUCGAUUGAAGAUGCAUUAGUAAACCUCAUUAGCUCGACAGAAGGUCUUGUUUCAGUGAAUAAACUGCAUCAGUUUGCUUGUGAAGCCGGAUUUGAACAGGAUUUCUUGUUGCAUUUUGGUAGGAGGAUUCUUCCUUCUAAGAGUGUGGAAGACUUGGAGUUCUGGAUUGGGUUGGUGGAAAGAAAACUAUCUACAGCAUUCCAGAGAGAGAGUUUAAUCACAGUGAAUGACGAAGUUAAAGAGAAUAGUUUGACUACUUUGGGACUUUUUGCUUAUCUUGGAAGAGAAACAAGAAUAUACCUUUCAAGAAUGGGCAUAAAGGAUCUGAAUGAGCAUUGUCAAAAUUUCUUGAGUUACUUGGAAUGCGGUAGCAUGCUUAUACACCCUAAUCUUUCAACCAUGUCGGAGUAUCAUCUCUUCAUGGAGGUGGUAACUGAUGAGAUAGGAUGGCUUCAUUUCUAUCCCCUGGUUAGUUUGGAAUGGUGUCAACAUAAGAGGAAAUCCAAGCGGCAAAUGACACAAGCAGAGCAAGAGAUUAUUCUGUACCGAGUUCUUACUGCAUGUUAUGAUGUUAUCUCUGGGUUUGCUCACUACAGCAAUUCAACACAACAACCGAUGAACUCAUAUUUGUUAGAGUUCUUACUUAAUAGUCAGAGCCUGCUGUCGACGUGCAUGGACUAUUACUGGGCAGCUUUUGAUAAUUUAAGUGAGCCACAGAAACUCCUAGAAAGAGGCAUGUUUAACUCAAUAUUGGAGUCACCAGCAGAGGGCACACCGAAAAUUUGGUCCCAAAGUGGAACUCACUUUGGAUCUAGAGUAAAUCAGGCAACUGGCACAUCUAGUGAGGAUGUAGUUACCUUGAGAGAGUUGGAUUCUUCAUCUGCAGAAAAGCUUCGGGAAGAAAACUUCCUUAAGAAAUCUUCCAGGAAGGCAAUAUCAACAAGUGUAAAUGCAUGGAUGGGUACUCAAUUGCUUUUCGUAGACAUGAUUGAAGUUGUUGAGCUAUUGAAGAAGCAAAUCCGUGGCUGCAAAAUGACCAAAAGAGAGAAGAAGAAAAUAAAGAGAACACUAGCUGAUUUUGCUACCCUUGUGCCAAUAUUGAUAUUGAUGCUACUCCCGGUGUCAGCUGUUGGCCAUGCAGCUAUGCUGGCAGCAAUCAAGAAGUACCUGCCAUGUUUGAUUCCAUCGCCUUACACGUCCGAACGGCUUGGUAUGGUGAAACAACUGAAGAGAAUAAAGAAGCUGGAACUUCCAAAAAGGGGCAAGAGCAACAUCGAAGAUUACGCCAGCAAAUUCUACACAAAUCUUGCAAACCCACACAUAUCCCCAGAAGUCCAUCGCCGGCGAGCCAUAAUAGCUCCUGCCGCCGGAGCCGGUUUUCGCCACCCACAUCUCCCCUCAAAAGCGAGAAGAGAGAAUGAGUGGGAACUCACUCUGGCAUCAGUUUUGGCAAAUCCCUCUGUUCUUCCGCCACUCUAA